AGGAAAAAAAAAACCGAGAGGAGCGAUUUGCUGGCUCUUCAGGGUUUCGGUUCUCAUUGGUUUUCAGGACCUCGUGGCGCAACGGUAGCGCGUCUGACUCCAGAUCAGAAGGCUGCGUGUUCGAAUCACGUCGGGGUCAGUGGUUCCCGUGGUUGAGCGGGGAUUUAUUUUACACCUGAGGCGAGGUGAAGCGCCAUAAAGCAUUUCCCGACAAGAUCGUGGAGUGUGUACUCAUUUCCUGUAAAAUUUGAGGGGGGAUUUACAGAUGUAGGGAUAAUCCCAAAACAAAGGGGAACGUGGAGGCAAAAGGAAAGAAACGAUCGGCCUCGUAGGGGCUGCUUAGCGGUCGGAGGUUGAGGUAAACGUCUUUCCAAACAAAACGUGAGGGGGACACCUAUAGGAUUUGUCAUAAAGAAUGGAUAAUGUUUGAAAACUAGUCUCCUGUGAGGUGAUCUGAUGACUUCAGCAACAACGGCUGUACUGUUAGACAAAAUGGAGGAGGUUACUGUAGAUGUGCUUAUAGAAAAUCAAGAUGAAGACUCCCCAAAGCAAGAUUCCAAUGAUGAAACUACUGUAAAAGCACUAAAUGACACUGAAUUACGGGAACAACUUUCUGAGUAUGGGAUCAGCCCUGGACCAAUAUUACCUUCUACAAGGACCAUUUAUGAGAAAAAGUUGCUGCAGUUUAUGAAGGAAUGCCCAGCAAGAGCCGCUGGACAGAAGUGGUGUGAUUGUGUUUCUGAGGAGGGCAAAGAUUCAGAACAAGGAACAACAACCACAAAAGUAGUCCUUGAAGCAGACAACCUGAAAGCAGCAGCUGAAUGUCCCUCUGGGGCUGAUAACAAAUCGAACAUUGAUAUGGCAGAAAAACAGAAAAAACUCUUGUCACCCGAUGUUGAAUACAGUUUAGCCAAAAUAGUGGCCGAGUUACAGGAAAUAUUGCCGGAGGGUAAAGUGGCAGCAUAUCGGUCACAAGGACAAAGGAAGAAAGCUAGCAGGAGUCCUGACAAAAAUCAGAGACCUAUGAAAAGUGAUCUACCACGUGAAGACUAUGGUUAUCCUGAAGCUGGUACAGGACAAAGUGUUAGAAGAAGAACCAUAAAGGAGAAUCCUCUUCCAGUGAAGAAAGGUUCUGAAAGCAAAUCCCAGGUGAUGCCUGAGUCACCUGAUGAAGGAUUUAUACCGACGCGUGUAAAGAUGGCUGUAUUUGCAAUCUUUGUUUUCAUCCUUUUUGUAUAUGUAACUAUGGAAACUAAUCCAGAUAAUCCAUUCAUAGCCUUCAUCACUGGAAAAUGACUGUAGCCUCGUCCUACGUGGAAUGUAAGACCAAAAAAGUCUUUAACUGUGGAUGAAUUUAGGUAGUUAAUUAAAAGGCAAAAUGAGGGAUCAA